AUGGCCCCGGAACCGCUGCAGAUGGUUUUCUACGAUGGCACAGCAGAGCUGGCUACUCGGAAUGGCUUUCUGGAUGUGCGCGUUCACGUCAUCGGCACAGAACCAGCCCGUCGGCGGGCACAGAGCGCUCCACCACGUUCAACUGGACUGCGACCAGGUGGCGAAGACAGUGAAGACGAAGAAGAAGAGGAAGCAGGAAAGCCGAUCUCCCACGAGAUCAGCAACAGCACCGUGAGCACAGACCGCCAGUGGCUCGAUGCGCCGAAUGAGGAAUUCGACAGGCAGACAACCCAGCACAGCACACUGGGCGCGAUGAGCACAUGCAGUGAAGAAAGCAUGACAGACUCGCCGCGAGUGGCACCCUGGACCGAAAAGAGCGGGGAUUUGGCAUCGGUCCACACUGUCAUGAUCAAGAACAUCCCUUGCCGCUGCGACGCAAGCGAGGUGCUUCGUGCCGUCGAUUCCUUGGGCUUCAAGGGCAUGUACAACUUGUUCUACCUCCCCAUGAAUCGGCGCCAUCGCCAGGGAAUCGGCUACGCUUUUAUCAAUUUCCGGGUGCUGGGAACUGCCGAGCACUUCAAAAAUGCCAUAUGCGGUUACCGUUUCCCUGGCCGCCGGAGCACUAAGCAAGUAGAAGUCGCCCGUGCAAAGCUGCAAGGCCUGGAGGCGUUGCCUGGACAGUCUUGA